AUGUCGGUGACUCUACAUACCACCCACGGCGACCUCAAGGUCGAAAUUUUUUGCGAAACAGUCCCUCGAACCGCAGAAAAUUUUCUCGCCCUAUGUGCAUGCGGCGCAUACAACAACACCCCCUUCCACCGAUUCAUGCCCGGCUUCAUGAUCCAGGGCGGUGACAUAUCACUCAGCAAAGCGGCGACGUCGUCCGAACACCCCAUCCUCCCAUUCGACGACAUCCCCAAAGGCGGUACUUCAGUAUACCAUCCAUCUGCCCUCAACCAGGAAAUUCACACCCCUGCACUUCGUCACAAUUCUCGAGGUGUACUUUCAAUGGCAUCGAGGCCCGUCAAAGACCGCACACUCCCCGGUAUGCAAGGCGCCACCGGAUCGACUGUGAAUGGUAGUCAAUUCUUCAUAACAUUUGGCUCAGCGCCGCAUCUAGAUGGCGAAAGUACCGUUUUUGGGAAAGUUCUUAAUCUGACGGCUCAGGAUGAGAACGGUGAUGUUUUGGGGAGGCUGGAAAAGGCUCAUGCUAAAGUGGACAAGAAAGGCCGCGUGAUUCAGCCUAAAGAAGGAGAGGAAAUCGACGGCGAGUGGGAGGCCUUAGAAUUGAACUCUGUGACGAUUCACGCCAACCCAUUCGCAAAGUGA